GAAGCUGUCUAAUUUAUCAAACAUUUAUAAACAAAUAAUGGAUCAUUAAUGUAAUUAUCUUAGAUUCGCUUACAUUAAGCAAAAAAGAUCCACAACGAUGAGACUGAAAGCCAGAAAGAGGGUGAUGAUGAAAAUCAAUAGGGCGGGUGAUGCUCAGCCGCGGUUCAAGGUAAAAAUACCAGAAAUUAAGGAAGAAAAGAAACCUAAAGUAAAGCCAAAAGAAGAACAAGCAUGCGAUGGGAACUUGGGUUUUGGUGUAGGACAGCCCGUCAAGGAAUACGAAGAGUCAGAACCAACACCUUCAACCAGCAACACACUUAAACCAGAAUGUAAGGAAGAAAAGAUACCUGAAGUAAAACCCAAAAAAGAAAAGGAAUAUGCUCACACAGAUCCAAAGCCUUCAACGAGCUGCUCUGGUAAGCAAGAGGAAGUUGAACAAAGCCAAGUUAAAAUCUGCAGGUUAUGUCUAGUCUUUAUUGAGGAUAAUAUGAUGCCUCUGAAAAAAGUCAUCGCUAUGCUCCAAAUUGUUCUUCCAGAAGUGGAUCCUUCUAUUACAAAGGAGCCAGUAGUAUGUCAGGUAUGCGCGGACUUCCUUGAGAAAGCUUCAGUCUUCAUGAUCAACACUCUCAAUGUUGAACAAAAGAUUAAAAACUACUAUGAUCUAGUCAAAUGUGAGGAUCAAAUAGACCUAUUCAAUGUAUUAGAAUUUGCUUUUCCAAAAAUUGAAAUGGACGGUGAUGACAAGAAGAAAAUAAAAUGUGAUGAGAACGAUGCUGAUGAUAAAGAUAACGAUGCUGAUGAUAAGGAUAAUCAUCAUGAUGAAGAGACUGAUAAAACUGUUUCUCCAACUACAAAUAUAUUGGACGAGAAACAGAUCAAAAAAGAAAAAGAAGUAGAUGAGAAUGCAAUGGAGGAAGACGCAGUUGAGAAUAUGCCUGAAGAGCAUGAUCAAACAAACACUGCUUGUGAAGAAAAUAUUGAAAAUCCACAUGGAGACACUAAAGAACCUCCUAUUCCAGAAAAUUCGUUUCAAGAGAAUGAAAAACAUCCAACUGAAGAAGGUGGAGGUGCUGCAGCAGAAAAUGCAUUUCAAGAAGAUGGUGAAGGGCAGUUUGAAGAGGGAAAUGAACCAGCACCUGAUGAGAAUGGGGAGAACCCGGAACCUGAAGAGACGAAAUUCAAUCCUUUAGAUGCAGCUAUUCCCAAUCCUUUUGAUAUGAAUUUUCCGAAUCCAUUUGCUGAGGAAAUGGAUUAUUCAUAUGGCGGCAGAAAAAAACCUACGAAACUACAAGUCCGCGCUGAUUCUCACGGAAUCACAUACUAUAAUUGCCCACUCUGCACCUUCACAACAAAAUACAAAUACAGCAUGAAAAUUCACAAAGAUAUGAUGCACACCAAUCCCGACGAUAUCGUUCUGUAUUAUUGUGCGCUGUGUACUUUCAAAACAAAACAUAAGCGUUACCUGGAAACUCACAUGCUAGUUCACAAAGAUCCGGAAGAUUGCGAAAUGCACAAAUGCAAAGUAUGUACUUUUAAAACUAAGUUCAAAAGUUAUUUGAAGACACAUAUGCUCAUCCACAAGAAUCCCAACGAGAUCACCAUGCACCAGUGUGAAUACUGCAGCUUCAAGACGAAGCAUAGGAAGUAUCUGGAUACCCAUGUGUUGAUACACAUGAAUCCAGACGAUAUACCGAUGCAUUGCUGCACUGUAUGCGAGUUUAAAACGAAAUCUAAGCCGUACUUGAAGACGCAUAUGCUCACGCAUAAAAACCCUGAGGAUGUACCAAUGCAUCAGUGCGACGAGUGCAGUUUCAAAACCAAAUUCAAGUAUUAUCUGAACAGACACAUGUUGAUACAUAAGAAUCCUGACGAGAUACCUAUGUUUCAGUGUGAGCAGUGCAACUUCAGAACAAGACACAAAAAGUAUUUGGAGACACACAGUAUGAUACAUAAGAAUCCAGACGAGUUGAUUAUGUAUUCCUGCAACCAAUGUGAGUUCCAGACCAAGUCGAAGGCUUAUCUCUUCAAAACUCACAUGCAGAUCCACAAAAACCCCGAUGAGUUGGUUCUUCAUAAGUGCUCGUUGUGUCCGUUUAAAACAAGGCACAAGAGCUACCUGGAGACCCACAUGCUGACGCACAAGAGCCCUGACGAAGUAACAAUGCACUACUGCACCGAAUGCGACUUCCGUACAAAGUUCAAGCAUUAUCUAAAACGACACAUGCUCGUGCAUCUAGCCCCCGACGAAUGCGUCAUGUACAGAUGCUGGGAAUGCGAUUUUGAAACCAAACACAAGAACUACUUGGACACUCACAUCCUCUAUGUGCACAAGAGCAAAGACGAAGUUCCUCUCCACGGUUGCCCUCAGUGCGACUUCCAGACCAAAUCCAAGGGCUACUUGAAGACCCACAUGCUGCUCCACCGGAGCCCGAACGAAGUCACCAUGUACAAGUGCAAGAAGUGCAGGUUCAAGACCAAGCACAAGAGUUAUCUGAAGACGCACAUGACUCACAUGCAUAGCAGGAAGCUGUAAGAUAAGUAUCGUUCAUUACAAUUUGAUUCGUUUAAGUAAGACAUAUAUUAGGUAACUGUGUACAAAAACUAUAAUUGUUUGGUUUAUCGUAACUGCUUUUUUAUUUAUUUUACAUAUAUUUAUACAUUGAGGUAGUGGACAUGGAGAGUUGCCCCAGAAACAGACAAAUAUCUCUGCAGCUCUACUCUGUGGCGUCACAAAGUAGUAGUACAAGAGGCAGCGCUGAAAAAAUUUACUAAAGCUAGAUUUUUCACAGUUGAUUACUAUGAUUGUGUAGAGAAACAUACUGCGGUCGGUCAAGUGAAACGUAGAGCAGGGGUUACUGAGAGGGUAUCAAAG